AAUCGAUUAAAAGCUCCCUCGACUUAUAUCCAAGUUUGUUCUAAAAUGCUAGGUCUAGUAUUACCGCAGUAAUUGUGCAGUGUAAACUGAAUAACGUUUUCUUUCCCCUUCAAAAUAUCAAUCACAAAGGACGUAGGGGAUAAAUAGAAAACCGAAAUGUCAGAUUUAGGACCCGGCAGUAGCGAUGGAAUCGUGGGAGGUCCUCGAACUCCUCAACAAAUUGCUGCCCAAAAACGUCUGCAACAAACUCAAGCACAAGUUGACGAAGUUGUUGAUAUUAUGAAAACGAAUGUGGAAAAAGUAUUAGAAAGAGAUCAGAAAUUAUCCGAAUUAGAUGACCGAGCAGAUGCUCUUCAACAAGGUGCCUCUCAGUUCGAACAACAAGCUGGUAAAUUAAAAAGAAAAUUUUGGUUACAGAAUUUAAAAAUGAUGAUCGCAAUGGGAGUAAUUGGAUUCAUAAUUUUAGCUAUUAUUGUUUUAAAAAUUAUGCCAGAAGACACGCAGGGAAAACGACGCUAAGAAUUUCCUUAAUUAUUUUAACGUUAAAGUUUAUUUCAAUUUACUAAUAAUUUAUUUGUGCGUUUAUUUCUUAGAUUUUUUUCCUUCUUAUUGCCGUUGACAUAUCUGACAAAAGUAAUAUACCUACGCAAGAAUUAAAAAAAAAAAAAAAUUCAAAGUACAACAAACGUGUUUUAUUUUUGAUUUUUUUUAUAUUAUACAUAUAAAUGAGAAAAAAUUUGUAGAAUAAUUCAGGCAAAAAAAAUACGUACCUACGUUAUUCCGGCGAUGUUUUCCAAUUACAGCUAUAAGACGAUUGAUUUUCGUCGUAAAAUAAACCUACCUAAAUUUGUGAUCUUCAUAAUAUACCAUCAUUAGGAAAUUAUGCAAUUUUCUACAUAUAUUCGAUACCGUUAUAACACAAUCCUCGUAAUUAGGCUUAGGUAAUUUUUAAAAAUUUCCAUUUGGAGUAAAAUGUAGAUAAGUUUAUUAUUCUUUUCAUUUAUUUAAUUUUUUUCUUUUCCAUUUUUGUUAUAUAUUUCACUAAUCUUAUUGGGAAAGUAUAUAUUGUUGAUUUUCAUUUUUAAAAAAUCAUAUUUCCACAAAGUUAUAUAGCCAAUUUUGUACUUUUUAUUUCAAGGUGUUCUUUUAUUCUCAUUUAAUUUAGUUUAUUUUUUUUUCUGUUUUAUUUUUUUCGUUCAAUCGAUUUACGACUUUUUUUUUUUGGUUCGAUUGAUAAAAUAUUAAAUUUUGAAUGGCUUUGAAUAGCAAUUUAAUACGUUUAAUAUUUUAUCGCAAUUUUUUUGUACGAGUGGAAAAUUAUAUCUUUUUGAACUAUCUAUACCGCGCGCGCGAAGAUGAGUACACGAACGUAUAUAAAGUAUUUUAAAUAAUACUACAUAACUAAGUACAUGAUAAAUACGAAGUAGGAAAUAAAAUCAAAGUAAAAAAAUGCCAAUCUUUAGGAUUGAAAAUGUGGUCUGAUAAUUGCGGAUAAAGAUCGACACAGAGACCACGGAAAUAAUUAUGAAGUUGUAAGACUUAUAUUAUUUUUACAAUUAAAAUAUUGUUACUUUAUAACAUUAAAUGUUAACCGUGUUAUUUUAUUUGUAAAUGUAAUAGUAUUGUUUGCUUUUCUUAUAAUCAUUAUAGAAAUAAAGCUUCGUACUUGUAUAUGUUUGUUAUAAAUUUAACAGCAUUCACGAUAUUACCUAUUUAUAGAUCAUAUUAUAUAUACCAUUAUGUCGAUUGUUUCACAAAAAAAAUUGUUUUUCAUUAAAACGAUUUAUAAAACAGCUUUUAAUCUUUCAGUUUAAUAAAAAUGUAAAUGUUGGA